AUGCUACCGUACCUGUUCCCUGACCUUGCUGCCUUUCCCACAGUCGCUGACCUCAUUACGCACCUUCGCACUAGUGACACUCGCUACCGCGCUGCGCUUCCUGCUGAGUUCUGUACUAAGAACCCCCCCCCCAUGUACAUCACCCUCUACUACAUAGUCACCCGGCUCCCUGACUCCCUUCGCUUAGUCAGGGACCACUUCCUCUCAGUUUGCCCCACCGCACUCACCGUCGACCUCCUCGAGGAGCGCCUCCUAGCAGCAGAGAAGAGCAUAGUCGCUGUAGGAGCCUCUCGUGGUGACCCUCGCACCCCCGUCUUUGAGGGGUGUUCUCCCUCCCCCCUCUUGCCCUCUGUUGCUUCUGCUGCUGCGGCCGACCUCGUUGGCUUCGAGUCGGUCGGCGCUGCGUCUGCCCCUAGCGGGAAGCGCCGCACCGGCAAGGGCAAGGGAGGCAAGGGCGCUGGGGGGGCUAGUGGGGGCGGUGGAGGUGGUGGUGGAGGCAGUGGUGGGGGUGGGGGUGGUGGUGGGAGUGGUGGCGGGGGUGGAGGUGUCGGUGGCAGCAGUGGAGGCGGAGGAGGCGGCGGUGGUGGCGGAGGCGGCGGAGGUGGCGGAGGCGGCGGAGGUGGCGGAGGCGGUGGAGGCACCGGUGUAGCUGGUCGCGGCUCUGCGCAGAGGAGUGGCUCCGGUGGUGGUCCGCGCCAGCAGCAGCAGCGCGGUCGUGAGACCCUGUCCCCUCAGCAGCUUCGUGAGUGGUACGCUGGGCGUCAGCGGGGUGGGGGUACUGGUCCCUGCACCUACGUCCUCCGUACCGGCGACCGCGCUGGUGAGCAGUGCGGGGGCACGCACUCCACCCAGCGCUGCUUCGGCCGCCUGACGGACGCUUGGCGUCAUCAGUUCCCUGACGCCACUGAGAUCCCUCGCUGGGGAGAGCUGUCUAGGGCGGGGGUAGCUAUCUUUGAUCUUGACUAUGAUGCUAUUCUUGCUGCCAUGUAUGCUGUGUCUACUAGUGAUGAGGGUGACUGUUACCUGCGUGUUCCGCCUGACCUGGGCAUUAAGGCUGCUGCUCUAGGUGCUGGUGAGGCUGCUACUCCAGGUGCUAGUGCGUCUGCUGCCCCAGGUGCUGGUGAGUCUGCUCUCUCAGGUACCACGUCGGCUCAGGCCUUGCACACCUUCACCCUUGACUCGGGUGCUUCCCGCUCCUUCUUUCGAGACCGCACCACGCUUACGCCGCUUAGUCGGCCGGUUGCGGUCUCCCUGGCAGACCCCUCUGGGGGUCCUGUCCUUGCUAGCUUCUCCACUGUCUUACCGUGUCCGGCAGCCCCCUCUGGCACCCUGUCAGAUCUCUACCUCCCCUCGUUCUCUACGAACUUGGUGAGUGGAGCUGACCUACAGGAUCGGGGGGUUGACCAGUUCACACCUGCGAGUCAGCGGGUGACCCACUGUACGUGUGCUCGGACGGGCCGACACUUGGCCACGUUUACCCGUCAGCCGGGGUCGAGCCUGUACACACUGACCACUGAGUCUCCUCCUGUUGCUUCGUCUGGUCAGGUGGCUGCGUCGAGUCAGGUGUUUGCUGCAGCGUCCAGGUCUGGUCCUGAGUCUGCUCCCUGCUCGUGUCGUCUCCUGUCCCACCAGACUCUCCUUUGGCACCACCGCCUUGGUCACCCCUCCCUGCCUCGUCUCCGAGGCAUGGCCUCCCGUGUCCUUCUCUCUGGUCUCCCCCGGUCCCUCCCUCCCCUACCUCCGGGGCCGGCCCCUACCUGCGUCCCCUACGUCGAGGGGCGGCAGCGCGCCGCUCCUCACUCCUCCGAGUUUCCUCCGACAGAGGCUCCCCUGCAGACUCUUCACAUGGAUGUGUGGGGCCCCGCCCGCGUCCGUGGCCAGGGUCACGAUCGUUACUUCCUGUUGGUGGUUGACGACUACUCGCGUUACACCACGUUGUUCCCCUUGCGCAGCAAGGGUGACGUCACUGAGACCUUCACGCUUCCGGCCUCUCCACAGCAAAAUGGGAUUGCUGAUCGCCGCAUUGGCAUGGUCAUGGACAUCGCUCGUACGUCCAUGAUCCAUGCGGCUGCUCCCCAUUUUCUGUGGCCGUUUGCGGUUCAGUACGCGGCGCAUCAGCUCAACCUUCAGCCCCGGGUCUCCUUGCCAGAGACCUCCCCCACCUUGCGGUGGACGGGGAAGGUUGGCGAUGCGUCUGCGUUUCGGGUCUGGGGAUCUCGGGCGUUUGUCUGCGGACAAGCUGUUCCCUACGUCUUCCUUGGCUUCCCCCCUGACGCGCCUGGUUGGCAGUUUUACCACCCCACCUCGCGCCGUGUUCUGUCCUCCCAGGACGUCACCUUUGACGAGUCGGUGCCUUACUACCGUCUCUUCCCCUACCGCACUGCGCCCCUCCCCCCGCCGCCGCUCUUCCUUGCGCCAGGUCCUCCCCCGGUAGACCCCCUCCCCCCUCAGGGUCCUGCCCCAUCAUGUGUGUCCCAGGUAGACGCAGUUGAGCCUGUCGAGGUAGCUGUUGACUCUGGUGCUGCUCGGGGCGCUGCGCCUGCUGGUGCCGGGUCUGGGGGUGCUGAGCCUGGGGGUGCUGAGUCUCGGGGUGCUGAGCCUGGGGGUGCUGAGUCUGGGGGUGCUGAGCCUGGGGGUGCUGAGUCUGGGGGUACUGAGCCAGGGGGUGCUGAGCCUGGGGGUGCGGAGCCUGGGGGUGCUGGGUCUACUCGUGUGGCCUCUGGCGGUGCUUCGUCGAGGCGGGAGCUACUCUCUCCGCAGGAGCUGCGCGAGUGGUUUGCCCGGCGCUGGAGCCGUGCUGCUGGAGCUGGAGGUACUACUGUUGCUGCUGGUCCUGGAGGUGCUCGUCCUGGCGGUUCUGGAGCUGCUGGGACUGGGAGUCCUGCUGGAGUUGGUGCUACUGGAGCUGCUGGAGCUGGAGCUGCUGGGGGUGUUGGCGCUGGUGGUUCUGCUAGCGCUGGUGCUUCUGAGGGUGCUGGAGUUGGCGCUGUUGGAGCUGGAGGUGCUGCUGGCGCUGGUGCUGCCGCUGGGGGUAAUGGUGCUGUCCCUGCUGGUUCUGGAGGCGCUGCGCGGCCGAGGCCGUACUUCGUUCCGCUCCUUGAGCAGGUUCUUGGUCUCCCGCCCUCUACUGGUCCUACUCCUCCCUUAGCGUGUCCACAGCCUGUCCAGUCGCGGUCACAGUUACAGCCCGCCUCCCCCCUGCCUGCUCCUUCUCCCUACACUGGUUCUACUGGAGGUCUUGCUGAGCAUCGUGAGCCUGCGUCUCGUCCUGCGUUGCCUGUUCGUGCUGCUCGCACUAGUGGUCGUGCUCCGCGUCCGCGUCCUCCUGCGGUCCCCGGCACACACCAGAUGGCACUGCGUCCUUCCACUGCUCCUCUGCGUGUCCCGUUGCCGUCUCCUCCAGAGUCCUCUCUUCCUACUCUUGCUGACUCGGAGUCUGACUCUCUUCGUGCUGCCAGUCCUACUGUCACGCGUCUCCUGGCUACUGCUGUCACUGACCCUUCUUUUGAGUCCAUUGCUGCGUCUGCCUUAGUUGCUGAGCUUGUCGACUUUGCUGCUCGCUGUCGUCUAGACUACGCUGCUAGUCUUGUUGCUGAGUCUGAGUCUGUCUGUCCUCCGUCCGUCGGGGGUGAGUGUGCUCUUAGCACGGACGUCCUUGAGGACAGGCAGGAGGAGUUCCAGUGUUUUGCUGCUCCUUUGCCUCAUCUCGUGUCCACGCUGAUUGCCCCUGAGGGAGACCCGGAUGCACCAGACAUCCCGACUCCUCGAUCGUACGCUGAGGCGAUCGAGGGUCCCUACUCCUCACAGUGGCAGUCAGCCAUGGACGCAGAGAUGGCUUCCUGGAAGUCCACAGGCACCUACGUCGACGAGGUUCCCCCACCUGGGGCGAACAUCGUCAGUGGCAUGUGGAUUUUCAGGGUGAAGCGGCCGCCGGGUUCUCCGCCUGUCUUCAAGGCGCGUUACGUUGCUCGAGGCUUCAGUCAGCGGCAAGGAGUUGACUACUUUCAGACCUUCUCUCCCACCCCGAAGAUGACCACUCUUCGGGUGCUGCUGCACAUAGCCGCUCAGCGCGACUACGAGCUUCACUCUCUUGACUUCAGCACAGCUUUCUUGCAGGGCAGCCUGCACGAGGAGAUCUGGCUGCGCCGCCCACCUGGCUUCACUGGGUCGUUUCCUCCUGGUACCCAGUGGAGCCUCAGGCGGCCAGUCUACGGUCUCCGCCAGGCGCCCCGUGAGUGGCACGACACACUGAGGACUACACUUGCGGCUCUUGGGUUUGCUCCGUCUACUACCGACCCGUCGCUGUUUCUGCGCACCGACACCUCCUUGCCGCCGUUCUACAUCCUCGUGUACGUCGACGAAUUGGUCUUUGCCACUGCUGACACUGCUGGACUCGCCCACGUGAAGUCCGAGCUGCAGAAGAGACACACGUGCACAGACCUGGGUGAACUGCGCAGCUACCUUGGCUUGCAGAUCACCCGGAACAGAGCACAGCGCACCAUUACCCUGACUCAGUCACACAUGGUGCAGCAGGUCCUUCAGCGCUUCGACUUCACGUACUCCUCGCCUCAGGCCACUCCUCUGUCUACUCGCCACUCGCUCUCAGCUCUGCCUUCGGAUGAGUCCGUAGAGCCGAGUGGCCCGUACCCAGAGCUUGUUGGCUGCCUCAUGUACCUGAUGACCUGCACACGACCUGACCUAGCAUACCCUCUUAGCAACUUGGCACGCUAUGUUGCUCCUGGGAGACACCGACCAGAGCACAUGGCUGCAGCGAAGAGGGUGUUGCGCUACUUGUGCAGUACGUCGGGCAUGGGGCUAGUGCUUGGAGGGCGACGUCCAGUGGUCCUCACAGGUCACGCAGACGCUUCUUGGGCUGACGACCAGGCUACGCAGCGGUCGUCACAGGGUUACACCUUCAGCCUUGGCUCCGGCUCUGUUUCGUGGCGGUCUACCCGCUCGUCUUCCGUUCUCGGCUCCAGCUGUGAGGCUGAGAUCUACGCGGGGGCCAUCGCUGCACAAGAGCUGCGCUGGCUCACCUAUCUGCUGACUGACCUAGGAGAGCCGCCUCGUUCUCCUCCAGUUCUGUACGUAGACAACAAGGCCAUGCUGGCCUUGUGUCGGGAGCACAGACUGGAGCACAGAACGAAGCACAUUGCUCUUCGCUACUUCCUUGCUCGUGAGCUGCAGCAGCGCGGUCAGCUGCGCCUUGCUUACAUGGCCUCUGAGGCCAACACUGCUGAUAUCUUUACCAAGGCACUUCCGCCUUGUGAUCAUCAGUGCUUUUGUACUUUGCUAGGUCUUGUGCCUACUUGGCCUCACUUGCUCACUUCUUGA